AUGCACAAACGCAAAGUAAUAACGGUUGUCCCUACACACAGUGGUGAUGAUGAGGCUGCAUACGAAAGUGCUGAAAGAUGCCCAUUUAGCAGUCCAAAAUUACCUUGGGGAGUUGAACAAUACCCGGAUUAUAAUCGGACAUUCGAUACUACUCCUCUUAGUGAAGGUGCUGACUCUGAUGACGAUGAUAGUAGGAGGGAACAUUACAGGUGGUUCGCCGAUUGGAAUAAAUGUGAAGAUAACAAUUAUUUCAGCGAAGGAUAUACUAGUUCAGAAAACUCAGCUAUACCUAGUGACGCUGAAGAAGAAGAAGACAUCCCACGCCUACCGCGUAGAAGACUGAACUUCGCAAAUGGAGUUGCAGGUGAAAACGUCAACGCUGCGGAUGAGGAUGUGGUUGUUGCAUGGGUUACUAGUAUCGUAUUGACUUGCAUGAAAGAAAGACUUCGUACUAAGCCCCCAACAAUACGAAAGAUGUUCUUAAAAAAGAAAAAGGUCAAGAUAUCCUACUGGACUGCUCUUCGUGCAAGGCAUAUGUGCCUUGAGAAGAUACAUGGGUUGGGCUCAUAUGAAAGAAGUUUCAGGUUAGUACCUGAGCUGUGCCACCAGAUUAAGGCUAUCAACCCGAGGAACAUAGCAGUUUGGUCCAAAGACAACAUGACCAAUGAGUUUCAAGGACUUUGUAUCUCUUAUAAGGCGUUUUUGGAGGGAUUUAAGAAUGAAUGUAGACCUUUGAUAGCUUUGGACGGAUUUCCACUCAAAAGCAAGUAUAGGGGCGUAGGCUUGACUUCCUCUUCAGUUGAUGGGAACAAUGGCAUGUUUCCCAUUGCCAUCUAUGUUUGUUUGACUGAAACCCAAGAAACAUGGAGUCGGUUCCUUUGCAUUCUCAAACCUUUUCUGAUGGAAUUGAAAAUGACAAUUAUGUUUUUUUCGGAUCAUGAGAAAGGUGAAACAUUGUUUUAUUAUAUCAUUACUAUGGUGUAAGAGUGUUUUGUGUGUC